AUGUUAAUUUGUCGGAGAAGAAUUAAACCAGUAUGUUUCUCCAAAACUGCGUUUGUUAUUGCUGUUUUAGGAUUACCUUCAAUGUACAUAGCUUCUGUCCAUAAUGAGCAUGUCAAUGGUUUAUUCCCAUUUGUUAGUUCAUUUGGAGUUUUCCCACCAGAAAAACAUUGGUUUCCAGUACUGAUGAUUAGUUACGCUGUAUUUAAUAUGGCAGGAAAUUAUUUUUGGUUCGUCAUGGUUAAAAGCAAAAUAUCGAACAUGACCCAGUCCCUUAUUCCUCAUAUAAUUAACUCAAUUAUCAGACUACUGAUGAUUAUUUCUGGAUUCUGUUUAAUCGGUCUAUCUAUUUUUGAUAUGGAGAAUUACAACGGAAUACACUAUUUGAUGACGGUUGGGAACUUUUCCUGUCACGUUCUGUCAAUUUUGCUUGGAUGUUACCUAGUGGCUAAAUAUUUUGAGAAACCUAUUUGGUUUUGUUGCUUUCGCUUGAUGCUUAUUGUAAAGAUGGUCAUCGGAGCACUGUCAUUUACCUAUUUCAACAUAAUUGGGCUUCCAUUAUUGCAAACAUCGAACAUUUAUAGAAUGCAACCGACUGAUGGUGGCUACUGGGAAUUUCUUUAUUGCGCAAUAGCUGAGUGGGUUCUGGUUCUUGGGUGUGUUCUGUUCACUUUAGUGAUUGCUCUGGAAACACGAACAUAUGGAGACAUGUUAGUACGAACUAAAACCAGAAGUAUUACAACAAUUCAACUUAUGAAGGAAGUCUAA